ACAGUUAAUCUGCAUUCACACUGAGGCUCCAAUGCUUUUCUCAGCUGCUCGUUCCCGGAGCAGCUUCCUCCUCGGGGCUGCGCUGCGUGUGCCGGUGCUAGGCCCAGGCUGCUGCUGCUGCUGCUGCUAGGUAGACGGUAGUGGGAUCCGCAGCAGACACGCCAUCACACCGAUCACACCAACCCCAGCUCUCACACUCGCGUCGGUCUCGUCUCCGCGGUCACUCCGACGCUCGUCCGUCCGUCCCGGGUCCGGGUCCGUCUCCCCGGCCGUCAGAGCGGUUUGUGCUGGCGAGCGGAAUGUUUCCUGCACAGGAGAGCCAGUAAAUAGACGGACACGUCCAUCUGCAGGAGGAGAGGAAACGAAGACGGCGAUGACGGCUUCGCCAGAAUCUGCCUUCAGAUGCUCGACAGCAAUGGCGAAGCCUUCCCUCCCUCCCCUGAAACUGUUCAUCUGGGUGUUUAUUGUUAUCAAUCUCUCUACAAGCUCCCUCCAGAAUGAUGACGACGAUGAGGUGACUAACAAAACGUGGGUUCUGACUCCCAAAGUGUAUGAGAGUGAUGUCACUCACAUCCUCAACAGCCUGCUGGACGGAUACGACAACAAACUCCGACCCGACAUCGGAGUAAAACCAACGGUGAUCCACACGGACAUGUUCGUCAACAGCAUUGGCCCAGUAAAUGCCAUCAACAUGGAAUACACCAUCGACAUCUUUUUUGCUCAGACCUGGUACGACAGAAGAUUAAAAUUCAACAGCACGAUGAAGGUUCUUCGCCUCAACAGCAACAUGGUUGGGAAGAUCUGGAUCCCGGACACUUUCUUUCGCAACUCAAAGAAGGCCGACGCCCACUGGAUCACCACGCCCAAUCGCAUGCUGAGGAUCUGGAACGACGGCAGAAUACUCUACACUCUCAGGUUGACCAUCGACGCCGAGUGCCAGCUUAAACUGAACAACUUCCCAAUGGACGAACACUCCUGUCCCCUGGAGUUCUCAAGCUACGGAUACCCCCGGGAGGAGAUCGUGUACAAGUGGAAAAGGAGCUCGGUGGAGGUUGGGGAUAUCCGCUCAUGGAGGCUCUACCAGUUCUCCUUCGUGGGCCUGAGGAACACCUCUGAGAUCGUCAGGACCGUCUCAGGGGACUAUGUGGUGCUGACUGUGUUUUUCGACCUGAGCAGGAGGAUGGGCUACUUCACCAUACAGACCUACAUCCCAUGCACACUAAUUGUCGUCCUCUCCUGGGUCUCUUUCUGGAUCAACAAGGAUGCCGUACCUGCAAGGACUUCAUUAGGCAUCACUACCGUGCUGACCAUGACCACACUGAGUACCAUUGCCAGAAAAUCUCUGCCAAAAGUGUCAUACGUGACUGCCAUGGACCUCUUUGUGUCCGUAUGCUUCAUCUUCGUCUUCGCUGCGCUUAUAGAGUACGGCACACUGCACUACUUUGUCAGUAACAGGAAGCCCAGUGCCAAAAAGGAUAAGAAGAAGAAAAACCCGCUCCUCCGGCUCUUUUCUUCAAAGCAGACACCCACGGUGGACAUCCGUCCACGCUCGGCCACGGCCAUCCAGAUGAACAACGCCACGCACAUGCAGGAGCGGGACGAGGAGUACGGCUACGAGUGUCUAGACGGAAAGGACUGCACCAGCUUCUUCUGCUGUUUCGAAGACUGCCGCUCCGGAGCCUGGCGGCACGGCAGGUUGCACAUCCGCGUCGCCAAGAUAGACUCGUACGCACGCAUCGGCUUCCCCACCGCCUUCGGUCUCUUCAACCUGGUCUACUGGGUGUCCUAUCUCUAUCUCUAGGCGCGGCGUGUUUCCAGCCUUAUCCUUCGUCAGUUACGUUCUUCAUACGCUUCGCGCCAGCAAGUGACAUUUAGAAGGAAGCGACCCACCGAAAAAAAAAAGAACCCAAUUUCAUUUGAUUUUCUUUAUAUUUCUGUUUAAAUCCCUUUAAAUUUUAGUUACGCUCUCGGAUAACGUUGACAAACAUUGCAAAUGUUGUAGCAUUACAUUUAACCGGUGUGAGAAGGUUUAUAGGUGUAAAAACAUUGACUGAGUGAGAAAUCGACAUAUUUACAAGUUUUGUGUUCAUUAUUUUUUUUUUUUUUUUUUUUUUUUUUUUGGAAAUUGCUGUCUUUUUAAAGUCAGUUUAAAACAAAUAGUAUUUUGAAUCUAAUAUCAAACAAAUCUAGUUCUUUUCAAAGACUCACACAUCAAAAUGUUUCAUAAAAAGAUGCAAUUAGGACUUCAUUUGAUGGAUUUAAAUCAAGUGCUCACAAAUGUGGGCAUGUGACAGAAGAAAAAAAAAGAAUUUUACUAUUUAUGUCUUUAUGAUGAGUAUCAAAACUCAUUCAUACAUUCAUCUAAACUGCAUUACCGAUAUAUUUUGAAUUAUUUCUUUCUCAUUUAAUUUUUCACCAAGUACAACCCAAGUCAGAGGCACUUUAAAGAAGCAAACAGUGACAUUGAUAUUCAUUUUGAUCAUUUAUUUCUAUGUUGUUUUCACUGCCCAUAAGUACAACUAGAUGUUCCAUUUUUCAUGAGUGCUCAGAGUGUGAAGAUGCUGUUCAUGGACGACUCUCGCCUGUACAGACACUGUAUAUAUUUUAUGAUUACAUAGUGGUUUACAUUUAUUGCAUGCACCUUUUGGACCAAAAAUCAACAUAUUUUAUGGUCUUCUACUGUUGGCUGUGGAAACUAAGAGGAAAAAAAAAAAAGAAACAGGCAGUGUUGAUUAUUAUUUGAGACUUUUGCAGGUAAACCGGAAUAUUAAUGUUAAAAAUGGGCCCAUUACAUCCUUUCAAUUUGAGGAAUCAUCUUUAAACGCAAGUGGGAGGUUUAGCUCUGUAUUUCAGGCCGUAUAACUGGUUUAACUGUUUUCCUUGCCACCAUAAGCUCCGUGGCCUCUUGCAUUUGCCGGUAGGAGCAACAUUUGCAUAAUGUUGCAUUCCCAUUGUGUUUGAGUUAUGUAAGCUUUUACAGGAGAAACUUGACUGAAACAAGUGAGGUAUCAUACAUACACAAACUAAUCAUUUUUGCCCUUUAUAACACCAGAGUGACAACUGCAUCUGCGUAACCAGAGGGUGGGUUUCACUUUCAAAUCGAGGACUUGAGACUAAUCUACAAGUCAUUGGGAAAUGUCAGCAGUGAAAGCUGCAGGGUGUUUAGAAAUAUCUACAGUUGAACAGAUUCUACAUGGGUUUUUUCUUGAAAAAAAGAAAGAAAGAAAAACAUAAACUCAUAAUAAAUGUGUUUCAAAUGAAGUUUAAUCCGCUUGUGGCAACAACAGAUGUGCAAGUCAUGGUUGCAAGCGCCUCACCUCCUGUCCCUCUCUGAAGAAAUCACAUUGAGAAUGUAAAUCAUCACCUACGGUAGCAGGAAGAUCGAUUUUCAAGGCUCUGCUGAAGUCCGUUUUUGUUUAGUUUGUCUGUUCUUUUCUUAAAUUUUGCUCGAGCGUGAGAGGACGGGAAAAGCCUAGGAACUGUAAAUGCCGUAGAGGACAACAUGUAAACGCACACGAGGUUGAAAAUCGUCACAGUUUUGGUAAAAAAACGAAACGCCACAAUGCAACUGAGAUGGCUGCAGUAUGAGUAAGGAAUAGGUGUAAAAUCACAUUGUUUCUGUACAUAAAUUAUAAAUGGAAGCAAUCACUUGUCAAAGCCCUUGACAUUUUGUAAAAGGGUAUAUAUUUUGUAAUUUUAGCAUUGUUAAAGUAUAUCAUUAUAUGCUAUAACUAUAUACUUAUUGUAUCAUGCUGGACUGGCCAUGCAGAAUACUGGGGUGUGGGUGAGGGGGAGUGGGGUAUUGGGUAAUUUAUUUAUUUAUUUAUUUAGCUUUUGAUUGUAUUUAUUUAUUUAAUUUAUAACAAGAACAUUUUAUGCUCGUAUAGCCCCUGAAAAGAAGCACAGAAAGCUGCCAUUAAUAUCAAAGGUACAUUUUUGUUUGCCAUGUCGGUGGAGCUUGAGCUUAAUUCCCUUGUGUUUUGUAUGUCGUGAUCCAUGUACACCACUCUCACAAAGGCCUGUCAAACUGUUAUACUUGUUGAGUGAUUAGCAAACAUAUCUGUUGUGCAGCUUCUAAGUAGUAGACUUAACAUGAAAAAAAAAAGAUAAUAAAAUACAGAAAAUAGUUCCCAAGCCACCAGAAGAACAUCUGCUUGUCUUUUAACUUUUACUUUCACUUCUCCCACCACCAAAAGGGGUUCGUUUUUGGUCUUGACGUUGACAGUGAAGACCCAAUCCUAUGAAAUGAUCAGAUUAUCAGACAUGUUAUAUUUUCAAGACCUCUUUCCCCCGUUUGUAUCCAAUGGUGGUCCUGAUCCGUUCCAAAGCUGCCACUUGGUCUUAUCCCGUCGUCAGUGUGCACUUGCGAUAUUUCUCACAACUUUAGGGACGUAAGAGUGUCAGUAGAGAUUUAGACUCGUCACAAUCAGUGUUCAGUAGUUAAAAAACCGCGUAACCGAGUGAUUAUACCUCAUAACGUGCCAAAACUGACCCACAUGAAACGGAGAAUAUCAAAAUUGAAUAUCGCUUACGAAGCCACUUACACUGAUUCAAGGGGAAAAUUUUACAUCAUGGAUUUGCAGGUGCUGUGGAAUUGAAUUUCUUUAUUUUUUUGUUACUUGUUAGAUUUAUUUAUUUUUAUUUUGUUCAAUAUUGGUGCAAUACAAAACCAAAAAAAAGUAUUGAGAUUAUGGGGAAAUGAUUAGAAAAAAAAAAACAAAGUUAAAAUCCAAUUAUUGUAAAGAGAAUGAACUAGAACUUAUUCCUGACUGGCUGAAGCAUGUUGUGCGAAAAAGAACAUACCUUAUUAUAUUUCACAAGUUCAGGAAGGUAAAAGCUAGUUAAUAUUCUAUUUUUAUGCACUCUACUUUAAAUGCAAAGAUACAAAAGGUGUGUGGGACAUGCUGAAGCGUGCUUAUACUCAGUAGCGUGCAUGCUGAAUAUGUUUUCAGUCGAACAAAUAUGUUUUGGGCAUCAUUCAUCUGCAGUAACUGUCUGCCUGCAUUGACAUAUGCAUUCAUUGUACUUAUUUUUGACGGUGUAAUUUUAUUUAUUUUGAAACCCAUAAAUGAGACAUACAAUACAUGAACAGCACAAGUAGAUAUUUUCUAUUGUUAUGUAUUUUGUCAAACUGCAGAAAACAGAAUAAGAAGCACUGGAAAUACAGGGCUCAAUAGCAGGUAUCCAACAAAAUAAAUUUCAUAUGAUUCUAAUCAGAAUGUUGUUUGUCAUCUAUAUAUAUAUGUAUAUUAUAUAUAUAUAUUUGAUUAUUGUAUAAAUGGGGCACUGAGUGGGUCUGCAUUAAAAAUGUGAAGAGAAAAGUCCUUUUCAGAAGGAAACUGCACAUACAUGUGGAAUUUUACAAUAAAAUGAUUGCAUUUGUCAA